CUUUUGCUCGCAUAGUUCUAAAUUUCCCCUGGUUUCACCACUUGUGAGUUGUGAGUCUCUGAAUACACACGUUGACACCCCCAAAAGCAAAAACCCACCAUAAACCUUCACGUAUGCAUAUACCACUCUCCCCUUUGAUUACACAAAACAAAUUUUGAGAUGGGUCCUUCCAAAUUUACAAGCUUUGCCAUCCGAUUCUGUUUUUUAUUCUGAUCGGAUCAGCUUUGAAAUUAAUCACAACCCACACUCCAAAAUUCUGUUUUUUUUUUUUCCCACCUUUUCAACUACCUAUCUCAAGAUCAAUCGGUAAAAAUUAUUCCAAUUUAAUUAGUAGUCUUCAAUUCGAAUCUUGAAUAACAUCAAAUACUGACGAGACAAACUCUUACUCAAAAUGGCCCUACUUGAUUCGAGUAAGCUUGUUUUUCAUGAAAGAUACUUAUAGUUUGUAUCAAAAUUAUCUAUCUCAAUUUGGCUUUUGAGAUAGUGAGUGGAAGAAGGGUCAGUUUUUGAUUUUGGUAUUGGUGGUGGUGGUGGUCAUGGCAAACAACAGUGGAAAAUCCAACAAGGAGGGUGUUGAAGGGACUCAACUCAAGGUGAUUGGUGAAAGUGAAGGCCAAGAUUGGGAGAAAGAGAAGGGAAAGCGUCUUGAUUUGAGCUCAGGGAGGAGACAAUGGAAGCCAGUUUUUGAUGAUGCUUCCGUGUCACAUAGGCCUCUCAAGAAAAUCCGCAGCCCCGAACCCGAAAACCCGAAUCAACAACAACAACAACAGCCAUCCUCUAUGCUGUCUCUUCAACCUCCUUCAUCAAGAAUAGUGUUUCCUUUUGCUUUUGAAGGCUCUCAACAUCCAAUGCCAUUCCCACACCCUUUUGGAACCACAAACUUGCCUCUUUUUCGUCCACCUCUUCAUCCAACUCAACAAAUGAUAUCUUUUUUGCCCUCACAGAACAUGGGGUAUCCACCAUUCCUAGCCCCAGAAUCCACCAUGCCACACGAACACCAACAACAUCAUCAUCAACAGCUUCUUCAGUAUUGGAGUGAUGCACUGAAUUUGAGUCCAAGAGGGAGGAUGAUGAUGAUGAAUAGGACUGAAGGGAGACAAAUGUUAAGGCCCCAAGCACAGCCUUUGAAUGCUACCAAGCUCUAUAGGGGAGUGAGGCAACGCCAUUGGGGCAAAUGGGUCGCUGAGAUUCGUCUUCCUCGCAAUCGAACUCGCCUUUGGCUUGGAACCUUUGACACUGCUGAAGAUGCUGCUAUGGCUUAUGAUCGAGAGGCCUUUAAGCUUAGAGGGGAAAAUGCAAAGCUCAAUUUCCCUGAACUCUUUCUCAACAAGGAUAAAGCAGAACAAUCCACAACUGCUCCUGCAUCUUCUUCUAAUGAAGGUUCAACAUCGAGCCAGAACACAAAGCAACCUGAACCAAUACCAGAAGGGACGACUAACACUGAGAGUGAGGACAUGCCACCAACAGAGACAUUUGCAGUAGAAAACGCUGUAACCGAAGAAGGAAUUUCACAGCCUCAGGAAUUGGUUUGGGGUGAAUGGUUCAAUGCAAUUCCUGCAGGUUGGGGACCUGGAAGUCCUGUGUGGGAUGACUUGGACCCCAACAACAAUCUUCUUUUGCAUUCACAACUUCCCUUUGUGAAUCCAAAUCAGCAAGAGUUCCAUGAUGCUGGUGCUUCUUCUCGGACACAACAAGAAGAUAACAGCACAGAACCAGGUUCUUCUUCUCCCUCUUGUUCCAUGAGGCCCUUCUUCUGAAUGGUUAAGAUUAAAAUCAUGUCUAAAAUUAGCAUCUUUUAGUCUUUCUCUUUGGUUAGUAUAAGAGAAUUAUGAAGUCUCUCAUUGGAUAAAGAAAGACACUUUUUGGACAAUACGCGUCUUCUGCUUGAUACAGUUUUAGUUUAAAUGGAUUUCCUCAAUGAAUCAGUCAUUGGCUCUCAGCAGAGGAAUAAUCUAAAUUUACUAUAAAAAAAUUCAGCCCACUCCUCACUCAUUUCUUAUUGAGCCUGUGCAAAAAUUCAAAGUGUUGAGAGAUUCCUCUUAGUUUUCUUUCUUCUCCUGAAUUGAUAACUAUCUUGGUCGGAUACUGAAGCUUCCACACGUUCACAUAUCAGGACAAGAGUGAUAACCACACCCCACCAAUUUUAUUUUGUUCUCAAUGGUUGCAGAUAUUUUCAACAACAACCUGUGAAUCAUGGAUGUUUGAAGUAUAUAAUAAUUUUCGCAACAAGGCUACAUAUUUUAACAGGCCUUUCAGCAUCUGGCUCAUACUUGGUGGGCCUUACCUUAAUUUGUUCCUAGUGAUAAUAGUUUAGUUUUCUAAAUUUUUGGGUAAUUUAUUUUAAUACUAGUAUUAUUCUCUUUGCUCUCUUGUACUAUUUGUUGUUUUUAAUUAAAUUAUGCAGCGGUGCCUGUAGUUUAGCA